AUGGGGAAUCGCCUAUCGUUGAUGGCGCCCUCUGCGCCAACGGUUGCAAUAUCGUCAUAUGUGGACUUUCUCGAGAACAUAGAGUAUAUUGAGCUUGUUAACAAUCAACAGUUGUUUAAGACCAUUAAGGCAAUUGACCAUGCCAGUGGAUCUCUUGUACUCAUAAAAGUGUUAAUCAAACCACCCAGUGAUGGCAACAACUUGAAUUUAAAGGAUAUAACCGAGUUGACGGUUAAAGAUUGUUCUCGGUUGUCAUACAGUAAUAUAGUUUUACCCUGGUUCAGAAUCAUUGAAACUGAUAGAGCUGCUUAUAUGAUACGACAGUGGAUUAAGACCAAUCUUUAUGAUCGUAUCAGUUUGAAGCCGUUUUUAGAACCAACAGAGAAGUUGUUUUUAACGUUUCAAAUGCUUAAGAUCAUAGACACUAUUCAUAAUGAAAUGCAUAUACGUCAUGGAGAUUUAAAGUUGGAGAACUUUAUGGUAACGUCGUCCAAUUGGCUAUUAUUAAGUGAUUUUGCAAACUAUAUGAAGCCAACGUUUAUUCCUAAAGAUAACCCUAAUCAAUUUCUGUUUUACUUUGAUAGCUCAGAUAGAAGAGUAUGUUAUGUGGCACCAGAGAGGUUUUACACAUCAAAGGGAUCAAAUAUACCAAUACAAAAUAUUGAUGAUGAUGGGAUCUUCUCAGGUAAAGAUAGAUUAACCGAUCAAAUGGAUUUGUUUAGUCUUGGUUGUGUUAUUGCUGAGCUUUAUUUGGAUGGAGAACCUUUAUUCACAUUAUCACAGCUUUUAAAGUACAUGAGAAAUGAAUAUAAACCUGAUUUAAGUACUAUUGACAACCAGUUAAUAAGAGAAAUCAUCCAACUGUUGAUAAACAUUGAUCCCAAUGAAAGACCUUCAGUUUCCAAGAUUUUAAAUGAUUAUAGGGGCAUUCUUUUCCCAGAUUUAUUCUAUGAUUUCUUGUAUGACUUCAUGUCUGAUCUUAACAAUACAAAGCUUUAUUAUUCAAUAGCACACGAUAAGAAUGUUUCACCUAGUGAUUUACGGCUACAGAGAGUAUAUGAUAAUUUUGAAGCAAUUAAAUAUCAUCUCCAAUUUGCAUAUGAUCCCAUUACAACUAGCACUAGCGGUAUCACUAGCGGUAGUUCCAGAGUCCCAGUUCAGUUGUCUCUACCGGGAAUGGCUACUAACUAUGUUAUCAAGAAAUGGGAUGAAAUAGAAUUGAACGAUCGUCUGGACCAAACAGCCUUGAUAUUACUUCAAUACAUUUUCUCAUUAAUGAAUUCGUUAAAACAACCACAAUCAAAAAUAAACGCAUGUGAAUUGAUAGUGGCCUUAUCAGAGAGGGUUUCGGAUGAAGCAAAAUUGGAUAGAUGCAUACCCAAUUUGUUUAUGAUUGUGGACGAGUGUUUGAUUUCCUAUUCAAAAUAUGUUAAGCAAACUUCCAAUCAAAAUGAUCCAACGUCAACUAUGGGGCCAACUUCAGAGCAUUGGAAACUGUCAGCCCGAGCAGCUAGUUUUGCGCUUGAAGCAGCUACCACGAUCCUAUUAACUUGUUCAUCAGUUUCACCUUUGAAUACUUUAAUAUUCCCGGAAUACUUGAUACCAAAACUUAUGGCAUUAGCUAAUGCAGAUUCCAAAAAUGUGGAUAUUACAUAUCUUAAGUCGACCCUUGCAUGUUGCAUUCCAACCCUUGCUUUAAUAUCAAGAAAGUUUUGGAUGUUAAGUCGAAGUUAUAAUCGUGAGGGGGCUCAUGAUGCUGCCACUAAUACACCAUCUACUACUACACCUAAGCGAUCAACCACUGGAAGGAAGGCGUCAUUAUUCCUUUCCAUGGCUAAUGAUGAACUAAGUGCAGUUAGCUAUUUCCAUUUGCCUAAGGAGCAAUUGGAUUCUGAUUUCGAAAGAUUAGCUGUUACAUUAUUAACUGAUUCAAGUACCCUGGUCAAGAUUGCGUUGGUCAAUAACAUUCUCCCUUUAUGCAUUUUCUUUGGAGUGGAUAAAACAAAUGAUGUUAUACUACCUCAUCUUAUAUCAUAUCUUAAUGACGUUGAUUUUGAAUUAAGAAUAGCAUUUUUGAAGUCAAUAUUAAAGAUUGGUCCUUAUAUUGGGCUGAUACUGUUUGAACAAUAUUUACUCCCACUAUUAGUGCAAACUUUGAGCGAUAUUGAACAAUUUGUUACUAUUCAAGUGUUGGAAAUAUUUUACACUUUUAUCAGUGAAAAAUUAAUUAACCCCGUGACUGAUUUCAAUGCAAUUUCCAUUUAUCAGGAAAUACUUUCCCAUACGUUAUGCUAUGUUUUGCAUCCUAACAAAUGGAUAAGACAAUCGGUUAUUGCUAUUAUUGUUGCAAUUAAUGAAAACCUAACCAAUGCUGAUAGAUAUUGUUUCUUAUACCCCAUGAUUAAGGGGUACUUGAACUACGAUAUCCCUUUUAUUAGUUGGAAGACCUUAUAUCCAAGUUUAACCAAACCUCUAACGCAUCAGAGCUAUCAGCUGGCUAUGGGUUGGAACAACCUGGCCUCUUCAAAAUCUUUAUUUUGGCAACAAAAUAACCCACAUAGUGAAACCAGUUCCACCAGAUCGAACGGUAUCAAAGUACCAAAGGACUUAUCGAAGUCUUUAUAUUUCCCUAGUAAAGAUUGCAAGCUGCAGACGACAUCUUCAUCAUCUGUGGUUUCUAAUGGGUCCUCUAUACCGUUAUCACCAGAGGACAAGAAGUGGUUCUCUAAAUUGAAAUCUGUGGGGUUAGAUGAGAAAGAAUCAUGGAAAUUAUUAGCCUUAAAGAGCUAUAUUUCUCAUGUAGGUUUAGCUCUUUCACAUCAAAAGAACCAUAAGCUCCAAGACGUGGAGAAGGAGAAAGAGGAAGUUUUCAAUUUAAGUAAGGACAUUAGUCCUAGAAAUAUAUUUUAUGAUGUUUUCUUUAAAUCAGACCCUGUUCCUCAAGCAUUAAGAAUGAUAGAAACAAAUAUAGAGGCUUCAAUUCCUAGUGAUUCUGAAUCUUUGCAUAAUUUAGAGUCUCGAAACUCACUUAUGCUCCCCACAAUACCAAAGAUUAAAGCAUCUUUACAAACAGUCGAAGCAAAUGUGUUUGGAGAAAUGGAGUUAAGUCAUAACACUGCAUUACACUCACUGCAUCCUCAUACUAGAGUGUCAGGUCCAAGGAAGCACAGACUGUCUUUAGCUUCGAACUCUUCGGCGUUCUCUUUGGGGAAUAGUGACAUGAUGAUGGACAAAUCCGAACUAGUAGUCAUUGGUGGUCUACUGGCUAAUGAUAUAACCAGAGCAAACGAUGGAAACAUUCGAAAACUUCUCAAAAUUAACGAUAAAGCUGCAACUGCCGUAAUGAAACAUAGUUAUGGUGGCCAUAAUCCAAAUAUUCUCAAUUAUUUAGCAUCGAUUGAUGUUGAACCGUUAAUUGAUGACUUUGCUGAGUUUGGACCAGCUUGGAAGAAUCUACAAGAAAAUAACACCGAUAAGUCUACCUUUAGAGGCGUGCGGGUUGCCUCUAUUAAUACCAACCAAAACUCUCUGGAUCUUGAUGCAAUUACCAAUGUUGCUGUAUGCUCAUCCAAUGAGUUUGUGGUUACCAGCUCAGAAAAUGGUUAUCUUAAGGUAUGGGAUACCUUAAAGUUGGAGAAGAAUAUAACUGUCAAGGCUCCGCAAUUACUGCAUAAAUUGGACUCUUCAAUUACUGCUAUGGAAUUCUUACCUAAUAGACCGAUCUUAGCAGUUGCCACCAGUGACGGGAUGUUAAGAAUAUUGAAAGUUCUAUUCACAAGAGGGAAGACUAAUAAAAUUGUCAAGUAUUCUCAAUUCCAAACUAUUAGAAGCUUGCAAUUGAACGACAACGACUUUAUUAUUGAUUUGAAGUACUUUUCACUAACCACCACUAAUCAGAUCAUUGGAAUCACUUCAAAGAGUUAUAUUUUAGGAAUUGACAUUGUUAGAAUGGUUCAAGUCUACAAAUUAGAGAAUCCAGUGAUCUUUGGAGUUACCAGAUCGUUUGUAGUUGAUAACAAACAUACUUGGUUACUAGUUGGAACAGACAAUGGAUAUUUGUGUCUCUGGGAUUUGAGAUUCAAACAAUUGUUAAAGUCAUGGCGACUUGAUUAUAGAAUAGAUGACUUUGAAGGUGGUGAUGGUGAAUCUAAUGGAGUUACCAAUAAUGGAGCACGAAACCCCGGAAUAUCUAACAUUUCGUUACUAUCGACCAAUGGUCAGGAUGUUAGUCAAGUUUCCAUUACCACUACUUCAGAAGUUCCAGACGUCACUGUUUGGCAAAUACCUUCAUUUGAAUGUACCAAAGUGUUUCGCAGUUAUGUUAAUGGUAAGUUUGGGUAUGACUUGAUGUCUGUUGAAUAUGGACAGAAAGUGUAUACUUUAGAGGAAGUAAGUCCUGACCUUAUCAACCUCAACAUUGAAGAUAUCAUUGCCAAUCUUGAAGUCAGUGAUAAUAGCAUUCCGGAGGUAGGUGAAAAGUCCGAAUCCUCCAGAGGCAUUACUUGUACUCAACAGCAUAAGAACAGUCUUACUACGGCUACAAGUGGGAGGAGCAUUGUUAUUUGGAACUUGAACGAUUUAAAACUGUCCGUUUCUAUUCCGUCAACAGCAACGGAAUCUCCCUUCACUGUUCACACUGUAUACCCUGCGCUAAUAUUCGCACAGCAAGUGCAAGAUCCAAUGGGAAGAGCAGGAGGAGACGGCGGUAGUCCACUAUUCAACGAUAUCAUUACGGGGAUCUCUGUUGUUGAAAGAUCGUCAGGGAUCAGUCUUAUUGUUGGUGAUCGUAGUGGCGAUAUAAAAGGAUUGGAAAUUGCUCUUGAAGAAGCAAGAAAGGGUUAUGAAGAAGGUGGAGUCCCUAUCGGAGGUGCCUUGAUUGCGGAAGAUGGUACUGUCUUAGGUCGUGGCCAUAAUAUGAGAUUUCAAAAGGGUUCAGCUAUUUUACAUGGUGAAAUGUCUGCAUUAGAAGAUGCCGGUAGAUUAAAGGGUAGCGUUUACAAGAACUGUACCAUGUAUACUACCUUAUCACCCUGUGAUAUGUGUUCUGGUGCAUGUAUUUUAUAUGGCGUUAAGAGAGUCGUGUUGGGAGAGAACGAGACUUUCAAAGGUGCAGAAGAACUCUUGCGGUCAAAGGGAAUCGAGGUUAUUAAUUUGGACAAUGAGGAAUGUAAGAAAUUGAUGAAACAGUUUAUUAAGGAAAGACCUGAAGAUUGGUAUGAAGAUAUUGGUGAAUAG